GCCAUUAGGUCGUGCAUUCCUGAUGGUGAGGGAGGGGCGAUGUGGGGUCGCCCUGAUUUAACAGGAUGUGUCAGUAAGCAUAUAAAGGAAAUAGAAAAUAUGGCAAAUCAACUGAAAAAUAACACAGUGGUCAACAAAAGUGAGAUAACUGACAUCACUUCAAAAAUCGUCCAUGCUGCUGCCAUCCAAGGUGGAGAUUCGGCAACUGCUCUUUAUCCAGGGGAUCUAGUCGUUUCCACUGACGUCUUCCAAACAAUCGCGGAUGUCUCCAAACAAUCAAGGGAUGAUCAUGAUGACCUAGAUGAAAUUGCACAGGGCUAUGGUGAAGCUGUUAGUGGACUGAUAGACAAUAGAAUUGCCCAUAUCUGGAAACUAAUUGAUUUGGAAUUUGUAGAGGAUCGGAUGGCGUCUAUAUUAAAGUCAGUGGCAACCCUUGCCGGAAACAUUGCAAACGUCAGAACAUCUUCGGAACACAAAAGAGCCAAACGUGAGAUGUCAAAUCAGAGUCGGAGUCUAUCAAUCAAUUCAUCUACUGAUAAUAUUGAAUUCAGUAUAACAUUCCAUGAGAAGAUCGCUAUGUGUGACAGUGAGUCUUCCUUUACGAUGGGAGAUAACUCUUCCAGUUCUAUAACGUUCCCGUCUACUGUCUUCAGAAACGCCGUUAAAGCAUCACAAGACAGGUACAUACAGCUUUAUACUGCACGAUUUUUGUCAAUCACAGACAUCUUGACGUCUUCACAACAAGAGCAAGAGAAACAAAGCACUCAUAAAGAAAAUGAAAAUAUUCCUGGAAAGUUUGUCAAUUCAGAUAUCGUGUCUGGAAGUGUCCUUAACAUUCCCCAGGAGGCUUUUGAUAAUUUGGACGAACCCAUCAAGCUUGUUAUUGAAAUAAAGAACAUUUCAUUGAUUGCCGCCUACAAAGAAAAAUGCGUAUUCAUGAACCUGACGAAAAGCAAUCAUGAUAUGCGAUGGUCUUCAGAAGGAUGCAGAGAGGACAAGUCAAAUUCCAAUAACACUCACAUAGUUUGUUUAUGUAACCAUCUCACUAAUUUCGCAGUGCUGAUGGACGUCUUCAAGGUUUCUGAGGAAAUAGAUGAUGAAAACAAUGCCGUUCUCACCUACAUAUCUUACGCAGGAGGAGGUCUAUCUGUUCUGUGCUGUAUAAUUUCAGUUGUUGUAUUCGAAUAUUACAGAAUACGGAAUGAUAGAAUAAGAACCCAUGAACAAUUGGCCAUCACAAUUAUAUUUGUCCAAGUUCUGUUUAUUGCUGGUAUUGAUCGAACGGAAAAUCGAUACGUGUGUAUGUCCAUCGCCAUUGCUCUACAUUACUUUCUCACCGCUAUGUUUUGCUGGAUGUUGCUGGAAGGAUUCCAUUUGUAUGUUCUUCUGGUUAAGGUUUUCAAGAGAGGACGCAACUUCAGCAAAUACCUCUUGGUUGGCUGGGGAAUCCCAGUUAUAGUUGUUGGUAUCUCUGCGGGAAUAUUUCACGAUAAAUAUGGAAAUGACAAAGUAUGUUGGCUGUCACAUGAUAUGCUCCUCGUGGUUUUCCUACCAGCCGUUGGCCUCGUCAUUGUGAUAAACACGGUAGUGUUACUAAUGGUUUUGAGAAUAAUGAUGAAAUCGAUGCCGACAAGGGCCAACUCUGAGGAUCGCUCUGCAAUCAGGGCGGGUUUAAAGGCAGCUGUUGUCCUUUUACCAUUGUUGGGACUGACAUGGACAAUUGGGUUCCUGUCUGUGGAAAACACAGAAGCUUUAGUUUUUACAUACCUUUUCACUUUCUUCAAUUCUCUUCAGGGUGUGUUUUUCUUCGUUCUUCAUUGUCUGAUGAGCGUUGACGUUCAGAAGGCAUAUAAAAGAGAGAGCAGAAAGAAAAAUUCUAUAAGCUGGACAAAUUUCACCGGAAAAUCUCGGAAGAGCUCCGACCAAGACACAUUCUACACCAAUAGUAAAGAAUCGGUCAAUACUCUGGUCACAGACGCUUCGUCUUUGGACAGAAGGACAAAACCGUUGGCAAAUGGAGUCGACAGGAUCUAUAGAGAUCCAAGGCAAAUUGAUAGUCACCGGUUGUCCUCUAAUAUUCUAUACCAUGACCAACUGUACCGGUCAAAGAGCGACGAUACAGCAAAGGCGACUAUAUUAAGACCCCAGCAGGAAAGUACAAGUUUCGACGAUCAAACUGGCUUGCGCUUUUACCGUGGACAUUAUUCCCUUAAAACACCACCGAAGCGUUAUUCUGUCAGAUAUCGGGAUGCUGAAGUUCAAACACCGGUGGGUAGAGAGCUUACUGAUGCUACAUCUUCCACCAUCGACGAAUUGUAUAGCAAACCGGUAAAAAGAGGAGAACGCAAACACUCGUCUAUCACUGAAGGCAAGUCUCAUGACAAUCAUGUGACAUUUCAAGGGAAGGAAAUUAAAGAUGUAGACGAGGUUUUCCAACCUGAUCCAAUACGAACAACCCCUAGACGAAAGGAACCGAUUGUUCAUACUGUAUCUACUGAAGACUUUUUAAUGGAACUUAAACAAAGAACAGCCAGUUUCCGAGAUAACUGAGCCAGUGUUCAACCGUUCCCGAACUUAAGGAAAGGAUAUUUUUGUUCUUACUCAAGCUAAAGUCAUCGAUGUAGACAAUGUAUAAAAAUCUGAGCAUUUCACUGACUGAUGUUGUACGAUACGUUGGAAUACGGUAAUGUAUAACGUUGUACUACAUGUUCACUCACCAACUCACAUCAGUGGAAUGCGUGUUUUGUGAGGUGACACAAGGUAAACAUUCUCAAUCCUUUUAGUAAUUACGUCACUUGACAUCGGAGAAAAUAGAUUAUUCGUCCUUCUUGUUCAAAAGAACAGAACAAGUUCCUAUAUACAUAUGGCUCUGUCUCUUUUUGGAAUCAAAUAGAAAAGAAAAUAAACUUUAAAGUGGCGUUACUAUACAAAUGCAUAACUAUGAUGUAAGUAAGUGACAUGACGUCGUUACUAUACAUAAGUAAUAUGACGUCGUUACUGUACAUAAAUAAUAUGACGUCGUUACUAUACAUAAGUCAUGUGACGUCGUUACUAUACAUUAGUCAUGUGAUGUCGUUACUAUACAUCAAUAAUAUGACGUCAUUACUAUACAUAAGUAAAAUGACGUCAUUCGUGUACAUAAGUAAUAUGACGUCGAAACUAUACAACUAUACAUAAGUAAUAUGACGCCAUUACUAUACACAAGUAAAAUGACGUCAUUUAUGUACAUAAGUAAUAUGACGUCGUUACUAUACAUAAGUAAUAUGACGUCGUUACGUUUAUCGAUUUUGAAAAUAAUCGGUAAAAAUAAAAUCCCGCCGAAAAUUAACAAUUCCAAAGUAUUUGAUAAACCAUGAAUAUAAGAUACCUAUGUUGUGUUUGAAAAAAGAAAACAAUUCGUAAAUACAUUGUACACUGAAAACCUUACGCUAUAGGUGUUAUACACUAGAAACCUUGCGAUAUUGGCAUUUUACACAUAUUUACCAUAUAUUACCAGGUUCAAAGGUUUUGCCAGUCUUUCACAUACAUACAGUGUAUGUAUAUAUGCAUUCUUAUAUCGUUAAAAGUUAUUUAUUACUUGUAGUAGUUUGAUAAUACAUUAAAUACAUUAAACGUCUUUGUAAUUCUAUUCAUCUCAUUGACCAUUCUACAAUCCAUUAACUUCCUAUAACGACAAUACCUCCUCGAUAGAUUUAUGUAUGACAACAAUGGUAUGCUAUGAUAAUGAUUCUGAAAUAACUCGUACUGUACAGAUGGGUGAUUAUCAAGUGACCUUAUUCAAUGCAUGAUUAUGUCUAUGAACAAAUAAUUUGCAAAAAUAAUGUCAAUAUGAAAACAUAAGAAUGUCUUGAUAAAACUAUCCAACCCUUUUACAUCGAAAUAUUCUCGUGUCCAUCUUACCGUACCAUUAACAUUUAGCCUCGUUCACAUUUCAAUCAAUCAUUUUACUACAAACAUCUAGAGGAAUUCCGGCAACUUAUCAUGGAGAUAUUGUUUGGUAGUUUGAUAUUUGUAUGACUCUCAACAAAGGAUUUCAUUUUGAUUAAUUAACCUAAUCUGUAAAUAUUCUUUGAUAGUUGUACUCUUCCACUUGACCAUUACUCAUUGUCUUUAAUUCAAUAAAUUUGUAUUGAAAGCUU